CUCUUAAGUUUUUGAUCAAAAAUUUUAGUACGCAAUUUCGAACAAACCAUCUGUCCCAAUGUUUACAUUCCUUAUCAUGACAUUGACACAAGCACCAAAACAAAACCCUUACGUAACCCGAAUAGAUAACAAAACACGAUCUCUAUGACCUGAUAGACGGCUCCUAGCAUUCCUAGCACGGACGAAAACAGACAUAUCCCGUUGUAGAGGUCGGUGUUGAACUCUUCCAUGAUGGUGAUGGCCAUGUCCGUUCCGUUUCCAUGAUGACAGCAGAACGUUUGGAUUGUCGGGUCAGCCAUUGACGCAACACAAAAACAAAUGAAUGCUCGAGAAGCCACAAAAAACUACCAUGGCACUCUAUAGACUAUAGUCGACUGUCAAGCAUGCUAUGCAUAGCGAACAAAACUGAGGCAGUGUAAUUUGAUAAUGUUAAUGAUUUUUAAGUUUGUAUAGAUUUCCGUCUGUAUGUGGAGAUAAGUUUACGGAAUUACUUGAAUAUAAAAGUAUCUUGAAUUAUUUACCUAGAAUUGUAAUAAUAAAAACACAAUGUUAUGUCAUUUAUUUAAAAUAAAACCCACAUUUUUACAAUAUAUGUAGUGGGAUUACCUAUUUCAUUUUCAAGUUCCUAAAACAAUAAAACUUUAUUUUUUAAAUCUACACACUUUUUUAUUUACUUAUUUACCCGUCACGUUGUUCCAAUAAAUACAAGAGUUAACAAUUGUUAAUAAAUUUGUAUACUUAAAUAUUUUAAACUGAAAUUGAACUUUGACUUAAUUGUAUCAACUGAUAUAGAGCUUAUGUGUAUUUUUAAAAACUGCGUCUUGUAAGAAACCAUUUUUUUGUUGAAAGAAUUCCACUUAUCUCAAAAAGUCCAAUCUACGAUCUUGACCCAUAACCACGAACAAAAAUAUACAGUCGAUUCCCAAAACAUUGUGACUAAACUUUCCCGUAUAUGUCAACCAUUUCUCGUUAAGUUAAAUAUUUGCGUUAAUACAUUUAGUUUUGAACAUAAACUUCUCGUUUCAUAACCGCUUAAAAUUUGAAACUGGCAAGUAGUACUUAGUGCGGUUGUGUUGUUUUGCGAAAAUGUUUACAAAAUUCGCUGUUGUGUCCGUUUUAGUUCAAUAUAUUUAUUGUAGUGAAAUUUUCCGUUUAGAUGAAUCAGUGAGACCACAUCAUUACGAUUUGGAAAUAACGCCAAAUUUCCUGGAUGAUACAUUUACGGGUUACAUCAGUAUUGACUUGAGCUUAAAAAGUGCCAAGCCCAACAUAACACUUCAUAGUUCCAUAACCAUAAAAGACAUAGUAUUCGAUGGUAAUAAGGCGCAGUAUGAAAGCAAGGAAGAUUUGCUUACCAUUUUUCCGGAUGAAGAAAACAAGGUUUUCCCUGAAGGAAAUUACAACGUAAAAAUAAAUUAUACCGGGGAGUUUAUAAGUUGGAAUUUAAGUCCAUCAAUGGAGGGCUUCAGGAAAGAGAAGUACGAUAGAAAUAAUGACGAUAGUAUAGUAUAUGUCACUGACUUCGAACCAAGUGGAGCUAGAAGAGCAUUUCCAUGUUUUGAUGAACCUUCCUUUAAAGCAACAUUCAAAGUCUCCUUGGUUAGCCCAAAUAGUUCAUAUAAAGCUUUAUCCAACAUGGAGCUUAUUAAAGAAGUUUCUUCCCAGGAAGGUACACGUUACGAAUUUGAGAAAAGUGUACCCAUGUCACCAUAUUUAGUUUGUAUGGUGUUUACAGAUUUAUCAUACCUUGAAAAAAAUGUCACCAUAAAUGGAAAAGAGAUAAACCUAAGAACAUACUCCAAAGAUUUGGACAACAGCAUAGCUUUAAAUAUCACCCAGUCAACUUUGGAAUAUUACACCAACUACACAGGUUUUGAAUAUUCCUUGAAAAAGCUUUAUUUCAUAGAAUAUCUCAAAAACAAAUCGGUAGCUACAGAAAACUGGGGAAUGAUAACAGUAAAAGCAGAGCACUUGGGGUUACAUUUUUUGGACGAAUAUCAAAUUAACACAAUUAUAGGUCACGAAGUUGGACAUUCUUGGUUUGGAAAUUUGGUGACAAAUAAUUGGUGGGGCGAUCUGUGGUUACAAGAAGGAUUGGUUACAUAUUUUGCUAAAAAAUUUAUUUAUGCGAGUUUCAAGUAUUGCAAUUAUUACGACUAUGAUUUCGAUGAUGACCUGGAAGGCCCUAAUAGUCAUACAGUUGUUGUAAAAAAACUCACCUCCAAACAAAUUCUUCAGCAUGAAAUGUUCGAUGAUAUUACAUAUUUAAAAGGUUCGGAUAUAUUUAGGUCUAUGGAAGACGCUAUGGGUCCAGAGGUUUUCCAAAAAGUUAUAAGAAAAUAUUUUAAGGCAUACCAGUAUAAAUCUGCAGAUGCACAGGACUUCAUAGACCUUGUUAAAUCUGAAAAUCCCGGAGAAUAUUGGCAAGAUUUCAUUGAAAGUUAUAUUUAUCAAAUAAGUUACCCUUUCAUCAACAUUAAAAAAGAUGGCGAUUAUUACGUAUUAACUCAGUCAGUUUGGUGCCAUAAAAAACAAUGCAACUUAUAUAAGGAAUCCAAUUGGACCAUUCCAAUAAAAUUUUCCACGGAUAAAACCAAGGAAACUACUUUGGUUUGGUUUAGCAGAGAUUUAAAAGAAUUAAAAAUACCUGUAAACGAUACAAAAUAUAUCGUUUUAAACCCAAAUUUGAUGGGCUUAUAUAGAUACAACUACGAUGAAAAUCUUUGGAAUACAAUUAUUGAAAACGCCGGGUCUAUGAAAGUUGAAGAACAAAAAUCUGUUACCCGUGAGGCAGACCUGAUGUACUCCACUGAUUGGGAAAACUGCUCCAUUCCAGCUUUGCUGUUUGGAAAAAUUAAAAAGGAAAAUCGAAAACUCUUGAACUUUUUGUUGGAUACAAAAUUUCUCGAACUUUACGAUAAAGAUGCAGCCAAGAAAUUUGAAAAAUAUGUAAAUUAUGUACAAAGCUCGAUGAACAAUACAAAACUACUUCCAAUGGCAUAUUUUUACACCAAACCACCAUACACCAUUACGCAUACAGAUAGAUUGACUUCUUGCAUAAAUUGGAUACAUGAAAGUUUGAGUAAAUAUACAGUCGACGAAAUACAGAAUAACGAAAUAUGAAAAAUUUUAAGAUUUAUUUAAUAAAAUUAUUUAUUGC